AUGUUUGGGCGUAGUUACUCCUCCAUCCCCCCUUUAAGAGCCAACAAGAAGAAGUCGGAGCCCAGAAUUAGGUACCUCUUCUACAUGUUUGUGCUUGCGUCUUUGACAGUUUAUUUUGGUGCCAAACGUGUCGAUAGAAAGAAAAUCAAAACCAGCUUCGGCAGUGAGAAGGAAUUGGACGAGUACGAGCAGACCACCGGUAUCAAAAGACGUACAAGCUUAGUAUCGGGCAACCUUGCUGGAAAGUAUAAAUUUUAUUCGGUUCCAUAUGUUGAAGACAAUGCACUUGUUGUAAAGUUACAACAGGCGUUGGAACCCACCAAAGUCAAGAUAAUUGACCCUGAAGUGUUGAUCCAGCAAGAGACCGAGGAUAACACCAGGAGGUAUUCAUUUUUGUUGCAGGAUUUGAAGUCUAAAAACAAGCCAUUACCCAGUGGAUUGAUUACGGCCUUGAUUAGAAAUGAAGUAUCCUUCUAUAUGAAUACCUCUCAAGGCAUAUAUGACACCAACUUUAUUCUCAAGAACUACCCGAGAAACACCAACGAGGCUUCCAAGUUCGAAACAGACGUAGGGUACAUUGAGAAGGUUCUUGUGUUGAAAAAUGAGGUUUUAGAGUCUUUACCGAAGGCUGUAUCUGACAGAGACGCCAGAAGUGUCAAUGAUGUGAUCUCCUACUUCGAGACCGUAGGAAAGGCCGACGUGGUGGAGUCUUUAGACGAUGUGAAAGUGUAA